AUGGCCGGCCCGCAGCAGGCCCCGCACCUCCACCUGGCCGAGCUCACCGCCUCCCAGUUCCUCGACGUCUGGCGGCACUUCGACGCGGACGGGAAUGGCUACAUCGAAGGCAAAGAGCUGGAAAACUUCUUCCAGGAGCUGGAAAGCGCCAGGAAGGGGGCGGGUGUGGACUCCAAGCGCGACAGCCUGGGUGACAAGAUGAAGGAGUUCAUGCACAAGUACGACAAGAACGCCGACGGCAAGAUCGAGAUGGCAGAGUUGGCCCAGAUCCUGCCCACGGAGGAGAACUUCCUGCUGUGCUUCCGCCAGCACGUGGGCUCCAGCUCCGAGUUCAUGGAGGCUUGGCGCAGGUACGACACAGACCGCAGCGGCUACAUCGAAGCCAACGAGCUGAAGGGCUUCUUGUCGGACCUCCUGAAGAAGGCAAACCGGCCCUAUGACGAGCCCAAGCUGCAGGAGUACACCCAGACCAUCCUGCGGAUGUUUGACAUGAAUGGAGACGGGAAGCUGGGACUCUCCGAGAUGUCCCGACUUUUGCCUGUGCAAGAAAACUUCCUGCUGAAGUUUCAGGGGAUGAAGCUGUCCUCGGAGGAGUUCAAUGCCAUCUUCACCUUCUACGACAAGGAUGGAAGUGGCUUCAUCGAUGAGCACGAGCUGGACGCGCUGUUGAAAGACCUCUACGAGAAGAACAAGAAAGAGAUGAACAUCCAGCAGCUCACCAACUACAGGAGGAGCAUCAUGAACCUGGCAGAUGGAGGCAAACUCUACCGCAAGGAGCUGGAGAUUGUGCUCUGCAAUGAGCCCCCCAUGUAG